AAACGAAGAUUCCUCUGAAGAACCAACGGACAGUUCGAAACGUGCUGUGUGACUAGUGUUCUUCUCCGUAUGCGUGCUUAGAGGGAAUUUUCAAAAUACCACAUACUCUUUGGUUAAAAAAAACACACCCAACCAUCGAUGAGGACUAUAUUGCAGCGUAUGGAUAGCCAACUUACGACGGUCAUUCGGAUGAUGGCCGAGUGUUGGUGUGGUGAGGGUUAGUCAGUCGUCGGGUGCGUCUGACGCACUUGGGACGAUGCUAAGCGCGUCCUUGCCGGUGAUUGUACUCGCCGCCGUCCACAUUGUCUGCGCCACCGUGUCCAUCACCCGUCAUCACCGCGGCGACAUGUUCGAAUUAUCAGACUUGAAAUGCUCGAUGGAGACGUGCGUGGGAGCGAGCAGCGGUACCGCUUCGUUGCUUCAGUUGGACGGACCCGGUGGCGUGAUGGACGAUCCCGUUUCGGCCGGCCGAGGCAGACAGACUUCAUCGGCUACAGGGUGUCGGUGCCAGUGUAUACAGCCCAUGCCGGUGUUCAGGGACGACUUGCGCAUAUGCGUCGACGACCUACAAGAAUGUUCAAUAGCGUCUUUUGUGUCUGGUACAACAGUACAAAAAAUACCAUAUGUAUUUUUACCUCUACAAGGGCAAAUCGUGUAUCCAAGUGCAGAAAUUAAAGUCGCAGGUAUGCAAUAUCCCGUCUGUGCUAUUUCAAGAGCGAAAUUUUUAUCAAGAAGCGGUUGGGUUAAUUUCAAAAACCAAACGGAUUUUGAAACUCCUUUUCAAAUACACCGUGAAAACGGACACAUAAUGCUUGUGUGGUCGGGCGACUUACAUUUAAGAACGAACGUCGAAGGCCGUUUGGUGUUGAUAGAAAUGAUUUGCAAAGAAACGGUUCAACAACAAGAUUACGAUGACAGUUUUCAACAAACCGUGACGCCUUGCAUUUCGUUUCGCAUAGCUGGGACACCAAGCGUCAAGGAAGUGUUGUUUUCCACUGACACCAGGUCGACAGAAAAUACUCCUAGUCCGGGGCUGACCAUAAGCGAAAUGAUAGCUGUGGCCAUAUGUUCCAUUCUGUUGGGGCUCAUGUACGUGGCGUCCAUAAUGUUGUACUUGCACAUGCGAAAAAAACGGCCCAAAGGACGGCACAGGGAUAUAGAGGCGUUUAAAAAUCCAUUGAUGACCAACGGCAUGACCGAAGAAGGUAUAGUGAAAAACAACCCUCUACUGCAACACAACGGUUACAACGACAACGAAGCUUUCGAGUCGGACGACGACUUCAACAGGAGUUCUCAAGACGAAUCCAGUACUUUGGAUAUGAUCGACCGGAGUAACAAUAAUCGAAACCUGACCACGGCUAUCGUACACCCUAUUCAAUCGCAUGCGGCGUGUAUGGGUCAUUCGAUGUACUACUCGGAUUCGAAUUCUAUAGAAAAACACCCGGAAGAGGACGUGUCCAUUGUGGAGACGUUGGAAAACAAGGAGGAACGUCCGGACAACAUCAGGUCCAUCGUUUGCGCUAAUCCGCGGAAAAAACUCUACUUCAAUCCGGAUUACUUCGAGCUCGAGUUGUUAAUGGCACCGCCCCCGGCAGCGUUGGAGUUUUUGGACAAAAUCCGGGAAGUGAUCCGCGAAGCCAAACGGAAGAUAGGCAUGAAAAGGUUUGCGCCCAAUCUAGUCGUCAUACCGGAAGACACGGACGAAGAACCGGCGGAACCGCCGAGCUGUUGCAAUAAAUGCAAGAACCAGUCUGUGGUCAAAUCGGCGACGAUACACAAAUGGUUGAUGGACGUGCCGCCAAUAGAAGUUACCAAACAGAAAAAAACCAAAGCCCCCCGCGCUCCCCCCGUGGCGGUAGUAUCGAAAGAUUGCUGCAACCACAUCGAAACCUUAGACAACAACCAUCUGAUUCUUACUGGUAUUGACAAACAUAAUGGUAAAAUCGAAGAAGACGACGACGAUGUCGAAGAAGAGACGAACGCAAACAUCGAAUGUGACAGUCUGGAAAGGUCGAUGAGUUAUAGGCGAAACUGUGGAUACCGCACGCCGUCCGAAUACGGAACGGCCGGGCGGGAAUCGAGUCCAGUUCUGAGCAACUCGGCGUUGCCGCUGGAAGAGGAGCUCACGGUGAAGACCACGUACACUUACGACACGGUGACGAAAAAAGAAAGCUAUUACGAUCACAUAUCCGGGCCGGACUGCGUACGGGAAAAACCCAAAAAGGAAAUUCUGCCGGACAUACUCAACAGGUCCGCCGAGCGGUACAGUCUGGUGAGCGAAGUGUACGUCAACGACGGUUUCCACACGAGCCUGUCGCCGUGCAACACUUUGGACAAGAACAUCAAGACGAACAGCCCGGGCCGCAUAACGAUCGAGGUGGAGGACUGCGCGGACUACCAUCCGGCCGUCGACGAUUCGGACGGUUUCGAACCGGACACGUUGGACCGGCACUGCAACAAAACACAGCAGCAGCCGCACCGCGCCAAACCGUCGGCGGCGGCCGUUUACUCGACGGACUCGUUGGAGGGCGAGCCGACGAAACAUGCUGCCAAAAACGGACUCAACAGUCUGCUGGAGAUUUACGAGGCGAAAAACGCCAUUGCCGACGUGCAGAGGAGGUGGAACAUGGUCGUCCGGCAGCCGGCGGACGCCAGUUACCUGAAGCCCGACCUCAAACACCGCCGGCGGCAACGGUGUCCGUCGCCCGAGCCCGUGCGAAAACUUUCAAAAAACGCGUACGUCAGAAGCACUAGCGAGCACAGCGGGGCCAGCGGCGAGCGGCCGGAAUGCUGCGCGCGCCCGCCCAACACCAGGCGAACCGACGGCCACGCGGCUGGUGCUUCUGACAAACGACCGGCGAAGGGUGUGCUGCCGACCGACUUGCACAAGUACGAGGAUUCCGGUUACCUGAGCACCGAGUCGGGCGAGUCGUUCGGCGGCAAAGUGCUCGCGCCCGGGCUGGACACCGACGAGUCUGGCGCCGAGAGCAUAGACACCGAUUUCAAAUUCUUCAAAACGCGUUCGGAUCGCAAUUACUGCGAUUGGUAACACUGUAUGCGCAAGUCAGUAACCAAUCAAAAGCGGCCAACUCGCUGCACUUGUACCCCUCGCGUUUGUCUAUGGAUUGAGACCACAGAGCGGUCGUUUCGCCUGGAGAUUGGUGCGCAAAAGGUAGACGUUUGACAGUGUGACCGCCAACGAAAAUCGAAAUAUUUUGUUAUUUCCACAUGGUAUUUUACACGACAAAUAGAGAAAAUUAAAAAAAUAUUUCAUAUACUAGUAUAAACUAAUAUUUAGUUGUAAUAGUAACAUAAAAUAAUUAACGUAUUAUGUAUAAUUGUAUAGCUGCGAUAACAUAAAACAGGCAACCCGUUUUACAGUUAUUUAUUUUACGGUAUUUUUAUCAUCGACAAUAUAGGCAAUGCAAAAUAUAAUAUACCGUCGAAUCCACCCACUUAGCCCUUAAGACAUCCGAUUUUUUUGUAUGAGUUAUAAUAUUAUGGUAGCUGUCAUAUCAGUUGACCGCUCUCUUAUUUAUCAAGACAGAGUACCCAAAGAAUUUUGUUUAGUUAAUAAGAAUACCAAAAAUUAGAUUAAUAAUAUUAUUAUUAUUUUAAAAAAACAUGAUCAGUAUUCAGUUCAGUUAUUUUGAGUUUGAAUAAAGCCAAUAAUACUAAGUACUUUUAACGCAGAACAUUUUGUAAGCAAUUUCUGUAUUCGUUAGAAAGUAAUGUGCCUUAUUUAACUGUUUAGCAUUAUAAUAACCAUUGCAAAGUGUGUUUUAUAAUAAUUUAUACAUAAAACGAAAAUCGUUGGCAUUA